GGCAAUGACGAUGAUGAUUAUAUCUAUCGUCUGAUUGCUAACCAAUAAGGUUAGAAGCGGGCAUUUCGGGGUUACACACUUGGGCCUGAAGCAAACCAGAAAGGGAGGCCGCAAGGGGUCUCAGAAUCUGGUUUAGUUCUUACCAGGAGUGUCUGGAUUUAGAAUCCAAGCAUUGUUCUUUGAGAUUCGCGCUCUAAAUUUUUGGGGUGUUCUUGCCGUGCUUCAACCAGUCAACGCUGCAGACUCCGUGAUCUUUUCCUCCCGAUUUCACCCUCCCUUUCAACUCUACCGUUACUGUUUCCAAGGGAUUCGGAGGACUGAUAGUUUCCUGUGAAGAUCGGCAAGCAAUCGGAGGUAAGCGGGACGUUCAGGCAGGUAGUUUCGCUGGGGAUUUAGCUAUUUGAUGGGUGGGUUGCGUGCAUAUUGUGCUUAAGGAAAAUGGGUGUUUCGGUUUUGGGGAUAGUCCUCUUCUGUGGUUUGAUUGAUGGAGAGGAAAGUGGAAGGCACGAAGAACAGGCCCAGUAGCUUCCUGCGGCCCGGAUGCGAAGCCAUGGAUAGGAGGAGCGAGGAAGCGGCUCCUAUUCGGGUGGUUAAUUCGAAUCCGCGGCCGCCGGAGCUUCCGUUGCCGGCUGCGGGUAGGCCGGUGAAUUUCUCGAUUCAGACGGGCGAGGAAUUUGCCCUGGAAUUCAUACAGGACCGCGGGGCGUUCCGGAAACCCUUUGCGCCGUCCGAUUCGAGCCGCCAUGCGGAAACCCAUGUUGCUAGCAGUAGCAAUCCUCCCCCUGCCUAUGAGGACCACAAGACAGUGAUUGGGAUUCCCCGUGUGGGAUCUGAUGGUGGGUCUGAGGCCUCUGUGAUCGCAGGCGAAAGGGCUUCACACGGAAAGGGGUUGGGGAACAAGGUUCUCACGGGGGGCGAUAAAAGAGGAGUUGUCGAAUCUGCGGAAAAUGCGCCGUAUAAUUCUCUAAUGGAGGGCAGCAGCCGCGGUCGGAGCAGACGUUCAAUUCGUAGGGAUACCUCUUAUGGUGCUGGUGAUCAUGGUUAUGGGUCUUCAGGUACUUCUGAUAGCUCAUUGUCCGGAAGGAUGAAGCUCUUGUGCAGCUUUGGGGGUAGAAUCUUACCGAGGCCUAGCGAUGGAAAGCUCAGGUAUGUUGGAGGAGAUACCCGGAUCGUCAAGAUAAGGAGGGAUAUUUCUUUUGAUGAUUUCAUGCAGAGAAUGUUGAGUGUUCACGAGCAAGUCAGUGUGGUAAAAUAUCAAUUGCCUGGGGAGGAUCUUGAUGCCCUUGUGUCUGUCACUUGUGAUGAGGAUCUUCAGAACAUGAUGGAUGAAUGGCUUGGUACAGAGGGGCUUGAAGGCUCUCAUAAACUUAGGAUUUUCCUUCUCUCUCAGAGUGAUCUGGAAGAUGCCAAUAACGAUGUUGUCUCCUCCGAGUCUGGAUCUGAUUAUCAGUAUGUGAUUGCUGUAAAUGGUCUAGCAGAAACGGAAACCAGAAAGAGCUCAAUCGGGCAUGGCUUAACUUCUGCUUCAGGCACUCAUUUGGACCAGCUUAUUAGUCUCAAUGCUGGGGGUGAGGAGGAGGGUGUUAGAGUUGAAGGUCAGUCCGUUGCGGCUGCAGCUUCUUCCUUGACCGACAUUCUUCUACCUGCAUCAACUGAACUACUGCAUACCAUGCCUAGUGCGGGUGUUCUGCCUGCUGCCACUGCUACAGUAUCUUCUCACUACAGCCACUAUGGUGCUCCAAGUCGGCAUGAUGCCACAACAUUUUAUCAUGGCAAUGCUGCUCAUUAUGGGGUUAGUGAGCUCCAACCUGUGAUGGGUGCACAUCCUCUUGAGAGCAGCCACCAUGCAGAAUCUGGAACGGCUGUACCCUCUGCUCUACUGCACGAAUACAGUCAAAGUUACUAUGGUCACUUUGAAGGAGUGCCGCCAGUAAAACCAUCUCAGAGUUGGCUUCCUCCAAGAACUCCCGCUCCCAACUUUCAUGCCGCAGCAUCUGAUGCUGGCUUGAAGUUACAAGAACCACAAGCUAAGACGAAAGAGAUGAGAACGCAAGGUGGGUCAUUCGUAGCUCAUCAUGACUAUGCUUCUAUAGCCAGGGACCCGAAGAAUGAUGUUGGCCAUCUGACUCAGCAGUUUGACAUUACUACACUGCCAAGUUGUACCGCUGAACAUGUUGAAUCUCAUACAAGUAAUAACUUGGGAGGUUUCCCCGUUUCAGUCUUUCCACCAGCUCCUGUAGCUUCUGUUCAUGAGGGAGUUACCAAGUCCCUUUCUCCACUAACCAAGACUGGUUCCGAUCCGUGGUUGUCUGAUUCUCUACAUGCUGGUCAGUUUCAUGAGACCAACAAGGCUGGAAUUGGAGAGGAUCACUCUACUCCAUCUGAAGGGGUCCUUACUUCACAUGCAGAGAACAACACAGACUAUGGCUACGUCCAGCAGCCUGUGCUUUCACAAAGAGCCUUCCAAUCUGAGAGAAUACCACGUGAGCAGAUUGACUCACAGAACAGACUUACCAAGUCUGAUGAUUCUAUCAAUUCUCAUUUCUUGAUGCUUGGGUUGCAGCAGGCAGGACCUAUUACAGAAUCUGAUGAUGGUGCAGUGCCUGGAGAACUAUCGGGUUCACAGGCCAAGGCAUCUCCUUCAUGUGCAACUCCUUCUCUGGAGGACGGAAUCCUUCAAUUUCAAGAACAUAAAGAUUUUCCAUCUUCAAUCACACAAAAGACAAAUUUGCCUAACAAGCAAGAGAGAUUGGAGGCUCCUAAUGUGCCAGAGAAUUUUGAGGGGUUGGAUGGCAAGGAACCUGCCCUUGGUCUUAGGCCACAUGAUCAUGAGGAAUCUGGCACAAAGCCUGUUAUACGAAUAACGCCUAAUCAAGUGAAAGAAAAAGCUGAGGCAAGCAGCUUAAAGGUGAUAGUGGGUGUAGGCAGUGAAAAAGAUCUUGUUGGCAGGGGACAAGUUCAGCAGGAUAUUGUUAAAAGUGGUCCGCUUGAAGCGAUGCCCAGUGAUGACAGUAAGAUUUCCAAGGAAGGAAAAGCUGGACAACCUAAGAUCAAAGACCAGCCAUUAGAGAUGAAAGAGAAAAAGGGUGUAUCCUCUCCAUCAUAUAAAUUGCAAGCCUCUGAGUCUCUUCAGUCUAAAGAGAAAUCACUUGUUAAAGAAGUGGUUCAUGGAUCUCACGUUAUAGAUAUUGAAGUUGGAACCCCUAAUAUGGUGCAGGCGAAUUCUACUUCCAUCUUACCAGAAGCCCUUCAUGGUUUAAGAUCUGAAAAUCAAGAAAAAGUUGCUGGGUUUUCACCUGCAUUUCCAUGGGACGCAAGCCCUGGUGGAGUCAAUUCUCAGAUGCAGAAUCUCGAUAAUGUUUCAAAAGAUGUGAAAGGCGAUCUGAAAAAUGUUGACAGGAUUUCUCCAGAAUUGCUCUCUGAUCUUUUUUUAAAAGCUUCUGAUGUACAACCAUCUGGAAUAAAUCCACUGCACACCGAUGAAGCUGGAUUGAGCUUGAACAUGCCAAAUCAUGAACCACAGAGCUGGUCAUUUUUCAGACAGUUAGCGCAAAAUGAGUUUGUUAGGAAUGAUAUGUCACUUCUUGAUCAAAAUAUUCUGAGCUAUCCACCUGCUCCGGUGUCUGUUGGUGAAGGGAACUCUGGGUACUAUUAUCCUCCUUUCAAGGGUGAUGUGCUGCCAUUAGCCCAGAAUAUUCAAGAUCAUAGUGGGAUAACUCAGAAAGAUUCACCUGUUGUUUUGAGGGAUGAUGCCAAUCUGCUGGGUAAGGGUGGGGAAUCUGCCAAAGUUGAAGACACUAUCUCUUAUUCAAAUAUGACAGAUGGUGAGAUCUUGCCAAUUCCAGAAUCAGAGUAUGAGGUUGGUAAAUCAGAGAUGAAAAAUGUUGGUGGGCCUAUCUUUGACCCCUCUCUGGAUGACUUUGACAUGCCUGAUUUGCAGAUUAUAAACAACUCUGACCUUGAGGAGCUGCGGGAACUGGGAUCUGGCACAUUUGGAACUGUCUAUCAUGGAAAAUGGAGGGGCACGGAUGUUGCCAUUAAACGUAUUAAAAAGAGCUGCUUCACUGGGAGAUCGUCUGAGCAGGAACGCCUGACCCAUGAUUUCUGGAGAGAAGCAGCAAUUUUGUCAAAGCUCCACCAUCCUAACGUUGUGGCAUUUUAUGGAGUUGUGAAAGAUGGACCUGGGGGAACGUUGGCCACAGUAACAGAGUUCAUGGUGAAUGGUUCUCUUAGGCAUGUUUUACAACGCAAAGACAGGCUCCUUGAUCGACGUAAAAAGCUUAUGAUUGCGAUGGAAGCAGCCUUUGGGAUGGAGUAUUUGCAUUCAAAAAGUAUUGUUCACUUUGAUCUCAAGUGUGAUAACUUGCUGGUUAACAUGAGGGAUCCUCAACAUCCAGUUUGCAAGGUUGGUGACUUUGGGUUGUCAAAAAUAAAACGUAAUACUUUGGUUUCUGGUGGUGUGAGAGGAACACUACCAUGGAUGGCUCCAGAAUUACUAAAUGGAAGCAGCAGUAAGGUCUCUGAAAAGGUUGAUGUGUUCUCUUUUGGCAUUGUCAUGUGGGAAAUUCUCACAGGUGACGAACCUUAUGCCAACAUGCACUAUGGUGCAAUUAUCGGUGGUAUUGUCAACAAUACCUUGAGGCCGCAUGUACCAAGCUGGUGUGACCCUGAAUGGAGAAAACUAAUGGAACAGUGCUGGGCUCCAGACCCUUCUGCUCGGCCUUCAUUCACGGACAUUGUUAGACGCCUGAGGAUGAUGACAGAGAAGCCAGGGGUUUCAGGCAGGUAGCUCAGCACGAACGGGAGUGAUGCAUGACUACCUUGCAGCUGAUAUCUCUACUUUAUGACAAGUUACUGUCAGAACCCUCCUAUUGCUGCUCUGCUCUACUUACUUUUGUGUUGUAAAGUCACGUUUGAACAAUAGCACCCGUUCACUUAUGCCGGUGCUCUUGUUUAUGUUCUUGUCAAUUAUGAAAGGUCUAUACACACAGUAAAUAACAGAUUGUGAGGACUCAUCUGUCGAUUGUCUAUUAUGUAAGGUUUGCGUGUAAAAAUGACCGAGGUCAUCGGGAGGAGAUAGGUCCAUCGAAUGGGCUAUUGUUCAUUACUUGUAUUUUCUGGAACAUAUUAUUGAUUAUUGGUUGUUUGUAAACUGAAAUGUGUAUGAGGCAUUGGGAGAUGCAAAGUACCAAGCAAAAUUGAAUAUCCUUUUGUUUA